CCUUUUCAGUCACUAACACAUUGUUUCUCUCUUCUGAUUUCUCUUACUUUGCAAGCCAUGGCGGUUUCUGCUUCUUCCUUUGUAGCAAACCAAUCCCUCUCUCCAUUCUUGACAGCUUCGAGAUCAAAAAUCAGUAGCAGAAAACAGUUCUGUUUACGAGCAUCUGCUGAUGAUAAGGAAGGGAAAAUGAUGAUUAGGAAAGAACAAGAUGGCUGGAAAAUUGAUUUCUCAGGUGAAAAACCACCCACACCAUUACUGGACACAGUCAAUUACCCAGUUCAUAUGAAGAACCUAUCCCCACAGGAUCUUGAACAACUAGCGGCAGAGCUUAGAGCAGAUAUCGUAUACAGUGUAUCAAAAACAGGAGGACAUUUGAGUGCAAGCUUAGGAGUUGUAGAGCUAACAGUGGCUCUGCAUCAUGUAUUUAAUACUCCUGAAGAUAGAAUCAUAUGGGAUGUUGGUCAUCAGGCAUACCCACAUAAAAUUCUAACAGGAAGAAGGUCUAGGAUGCAUACGAUAAGAAAAACUUCAGGGCUUGCAGGAUUUCCUAAAAGAGAUGAGAGUAUUUAUGAUGCUUUUGGCGCUGGACAUAGUUCUACGAGUAUCUCUGCUGGUCUUGGAAUGGCAGUUGGAAGAGAUUUAUUAGGGAAGAACAAUAAUGUUAUUUCUGUAAUUGGAGAUGGAGCCAUGACAGCAGGACAAGCAUAUGAGGCCAUGAAUAAUGCAGGAUUUCUUGAUGCUAAUCUAAUUGUUAUACUGAAUGAUAAUAAGCAAGUAUCAUUACCAACUGCUACUCUCGAUGGUCCUGCAACUCCAGUUGGUGCCCUCAGCAGUACUCUGACCAAGCUACAAGCAAGCACCAAAUUCCGCAAACUUCGUGAAGCUGCUAAAAACAUAACAAAGCAAAUUGGUGGGCAAACUUAUCAAGUUGCAGCAAAGGUAGAUGAGUAUGCAAGAGGAAUGAUCAGUGCUUCUGGGUCUACUCUCUUUGAGGAGUUAGGAUUAUAUUAUAUUGGUCCUGUGGAUGGACACAAUGUUGAAGAUCUAGUGACCAUAUUUCAAAAAGUAAAAGCAAUGCCUGCACAAGGACCUGUUCUGAUUCACAUUGUGACAGAGAAAGGGAAAGGUUAUCCCCCAGCGGAGGCAGCAGCUGAUAAAAUGCAUGGUGUUGUAAAGUAUGAUGUUCCAACAGGGAAGCAAUUCAAGCCGAAAUCUCCUACACUUUCAUAUACACAGUACUUUGCUGAAGCUCUAAUCAAGGAAGCUGAAAUUGACAAUAAAAUUGUGGCCAUUCAUGCUGCAAUGGGUGGAGGCACUGGUCUCAAUUAUUUCCAAAAGAAGUUUCCAGAUCGAUGCUUUGAUGUAGGCAUUGCUGAGCAGCAUGCUGUUACAUUUGCAGCUGGUUUAGCCACAGAAGGACUCAAACCAUUCUGUGCUAUCUACUCAUCAUUCCUGCAACGAGGAUAUGAUCAGGUGGUGCAUGAUGUGGACCUUCAAAAGUUACCUGUCCGCUUUGCUUUAGAUCGAGCUGGUUUGGUUGGUGCAGAUGGACCCACCCACUGUGGAGCGUUUGAUAUCACAUACAUGGCUUGCUUGCCCAACAUGGUGGUCAUGGCUCCAUCUGAUGAAGCUGAGCUAGUGCACAUGGUUGCCACUGCAGCGGCCAUAGAUGACAGACCCAGUUGCUUCAGGUUCCCAAGGGGCAAUGGAAUUGGAGCAGCUCUUCCACCUAAUAAUAAAGGAACCCCACUUGAGAUUGGAAAGGGGAGAAUACUGAUGGAAGGAAAUAGCGUUGCGAUUUUGGGAUAUGGUUCUAUAGUUCGACAAUGUGUAGAAGCUGCAAACAAACUCAGAACCCGAGACAUUUCUGUGACAGUAGCUGAUGCAAGAUUUUGCAAACCCUUAGAUACAGAUCUUAUCAGGCGAUUGACUAGGGAGCAUGAAAUCCUAAUUACAGUGGAAGAGGGUUCUAUUGGCGGUUUCUGCUCCCAUGUAUCUCACUUUCUGAGUUUAAGUGGUAUUCUGGAUGGAGAUCUAAAGUUAAGAUCAAUGGUUCUUCCUGACAGAUAUAUUGACCAUGGAUCGCCUCAAGAUCAGAUUCAAGAGGCAGGGCUUUCCUCAAACCAUAUUGCUGCCACGGUCUUAUCUCUCUUAGGGAAGCCAAAAGAAGCUCUUCAGUUCAAAUGAAGAAAGCAUAAAAAGAAUCAAGGUAUCGCCUUGAAACGUAGCAAAAGUUAUACACAAAAAUGAAUUCGAAAGGUUAAAAAUUGCAAUGUGAUAAUUCAUAUUUGGAUUAAGGAUUAAGGCUCAGUUAUGACUUAGGUAUAGAGCAGAAUGGAAACAAAUGAAUUAUAUAGCCAACCCCAACUAGUUUGAGAUACAGGCUUAGUUGUUGUAGUUGAAAAUUCAUAUUUGGCUACGCUAAUGUACAAAGGUUCAGGACUCCAAUCCCAUAUCUAUAAAGCAUCCCAGUUCAAGGGUUCAAACAUGAUUCAAUUGAAUUUUGAGUCAA